UACCACACGCAGUAUAGUCAGUGAGGCCACGUAAUUAUUUCUAAAUUAAAAAUCUUCUAAUUACUCUAUGAUCCUGGAUAUUUUAUUUCUUGAAUAAUAAAAUUCAAAGAACCGCAGUUAUUGUCAGAUUUUACGGCAUAAAUUCAUAUUUUUUACCAUCUUCAACGGUUCAUGUCGGCCAAAUCAUGAGCUCUCCAGUUUCCAUCCUGACGUUGCUCAUGUCGGCAAGGUCGAACACCAAAGUUUUACAUGAUGUGAUCAGCCGGACACAAAAAGGCCCACAGAAACAGAGACAAGCGCGAAAUUUGCCAAGCCAAGGCCACCAAGCGGGACAAUUUCUGACAGCACUUUGAUGACAUCAGGAGAAUAUCCAAUCUCGUCCGUCCAUCUUCUUUCAGUGUUUAUCAUCUCUCCCAGAAUUUGGACACCUGUCGUGGUCAAAUCCCCACGGUCUUUUUUACCGUCUUUUUUUUGAGUUUUUCUAGCGCUACGAACGUUUGCAUGUUACCGUGCAAUCCGUUUCCCCGAAACCCUUGGCCGUUUCCCUCAUCUGCGCUUAGCCCCUCGUUUCCCUGCGUGCCAGCUUUUAGCUGCAAAAAUAGAACAACAAAAAAGGAAACCUCCGUCGCAACAGCAAGAUAUCACCGUUGGCACGGACCAAAAUGACGGUUAAAGCUUUCCAUCCCCAGAUUUCCUGCACCGUGCGAAACAGCAUCAGAACAUUCACUAAAAUCUCAGCCGUACAAAAAACAUACCGCUCAAUCAGAUCCGGUAACCACUGCUUGGUACACAUCAAUGAUGUUCGAAACGGAACACCAAACCUCUUCCAUAACAUUCACCCCUGCAAUGGCAACCUCUUCAGUUUCUCUCACCUCCUCGACCCUCCCUCCCUUCUCUUGCCGUUCUCUUCACAUUUCGAAAAUAAAGAGGAAUGUGAGCCAGGGACGGGAGAGAGAGAGAGAGAGAGGGGAUGGAGUUGUCUCGGACUGAGCGGGUGAAGCAAAUCUUCGAGAGGUUCGACGCCAACGGCGACGGCGGGCUCGACCGGGAGGAGAUGGCCGACCUCGUGGUUGCCGUCAACCCCUACGUCAAGUUCUCCGACGAGCAGCUCAGCGCCAUCCUCGACGAGGUCUUCCGCACGUACGCCGACUUCACCAUCCCCGGCCCCGGCCUCACACUCGAUGGCCUCCGACGCACCUACGACGACGGCGCCGGCGACGUCGACCGCGACUUCCAAGCCCUCUCCUUCCAUGCCCCCUCCUCCUCCUCCGCCGCCGCCGCCUCCCCCGACCCUAACCACCGCGUCGUGUCUGAGUCCACCUCAGGCAUCCUCGACGACCUGGAGAUCCUCAUCAACCGCCUCCGCUCUAAGCAAAAGCACAAGGACGCGAAGCUACCCCGAGAAAGCAAUAGCUUCACUAGCUUCUCGGACUCCGGGUGGUCCCGCGAUCUCGGCUCCAGCGACUCCGCCGAGAGGCCGGUGCUCUGGGACGAGAGCGGGCCCCACUAUGUCCUCUUCCUCAAGGAGCUUGCCGCUCUGCGCGACCGCGCCGACACGGCUGUACUACAGGAAGAGGCGUUCGACGGCCACAUGGCCAUUGGUCGAGCACUCUACGAGCAGCAGCUAUACCAGGAAGCCCUGGCCAGCUUCCGCCGUGCCAGCGAGCUGCAGCCCGGCGACGCCCGCUCCCACUUCCACGCCGGGAACUCCCUCUGCGCCCUCGGCAGGCACGCGGAGGCUAGAGAGGAGCUCUUGGUCGCUCUCGAGGCCGCCGAGGCCGGGGUGGACCGAUGGGCUCAUCUCCUCCCCCAGAUCCAUGUUAAUCUCGGCGUUUCCAUGGAAGGGGAGGGGAUGCUCCUUGGUGCUUGCGACCACUACCGAGAGGCGGCCAUUAUCUGCCCCGCCCAUUUCAGAGCUCUGAAGCUCCUCGGCAGCGCUCUUUUCGGUGUCGGCGAGUACCAGGAUGCCAAGAAGGCGUUGGAGGAGGCGGUCAUGUUGAGGCCGGACUACGCCGACGCCCGCUGCGAUCUCGGCUCGGUCCUGCAUGCAUUGGGGGAGGACGAGAGGGCGGUGCAGGAGUUCCAGAAGGCCAUCGAUUUGAAGCCCGGGCAUGUGGAUGCGUUGUAUAAUCUUGGAGGAUUGCUUAUGUAUUUGGGGAGGUUCGCAAGAGCCGCAGAGAUGCACACCAGGGUCCUGACGAUUUGCCCGAACCACUGGCGGGCGCAGCUGAACAAGGCGGUGUCGCUGCUAGGCACCGGGGAGGCUGAGGAGGCCAGGAAGGCACUUAAGGAGGCCUUCAAGAUGACAAAGAGAGUGGAGGUCUAUGAUGCAAUUACCCACCUCAAGAAGCUGAAGAAGAAGAAGAAGAAGAAGAAGACACAGCCCAAGGCGAAUGGGGAUGAGUCUUUUCGCUUGGUGGAUCCUUCCAACUUCAGGAUGGUGGGGUUGGAGUCUGUGGCGCGACAGGACUUGGCUGAUGCGCUGGAAAUCAGGGCCUUCCAAAAGCUCACAAGGCUGAGCUGCUGCGACGUGGAUUUCUUGGAGAAGGAAUUGAAUCAGAAUGAUGCCCCUAAAUCCUAUUCCGUUUGCGGUGUCCCUGAGAAAUCUGUUCGCAGGGUUGCCUUGGAAGCAAUUGUCCACAAGAUGCUUCACUUUCUCAAAGGCGAGAUGUUCGAAGAGGCGUUCAAAGCAAUCAAUGAGAAGGUUCUCUCCGCCAUGGAUGCUUCCGCCUCUGCCCGGGUGGAUUUGGGCAUGUUCUUUGCCGUGCUCGCGCCGAUCUGCUCGGGCCCCGCCGGCAAGCGGAAAAGGGUGGCCUUUGAUGCACUUCGAUGGCGACCCAACGACGAGGACAUGGCUGAAAUCAGAAGAUCUGAUGCAGCUGCUUACAUUAAGCUGCUGAGGGCCGUUUAUAUCCCUUCGCAUGAUGCUAGUGACGUGAUUGAAGUGCGUGACGUGUCUGAUGUCUCGAGGAUCUCUUUCCGUGAGUUCGUCGAGAUGUUUGAUGAUCCAAACCGGGGUUUUGGCAUUUUAGAUACGUUGGUGAAGCUCGAAACUGGUGACCGGAUUCGCCAUGGUCGGCGUACCUGUUUUAUGUGUCAGUAUCCGAUCGUAGGGUCUAUAUUUAAAGAGACGCGGUGCCAUUUCAACCUCUGCAGUCGUUGCUACAGUGAAGGGAAGGUGCCUUCUAAUUGCAAGCAGGAGGAUUAUGAGUUCAGAGAGUAUGGAAACUUGACGGAAGCCAUGAGAGAGAACUGCUCAUGUUUUACUUUACAUCCAAAGAACCACAAGUGUGAGCUUAUGUAAUUAAAGGCUCUGCUACAUCAAGUGCUGAAGAUCCAAUCAUUUGCCUGCAUAUGUUGCACGGAGUAGGCAGCGAGCAGGUCUAAUUGGCAACUUAUGCCCCCGUAAACUAUCCAUCUACGGAAGUAGAUCGUUUUUCCAUAGAGUGCACGCAAGUAACAUAAUUUUUUUCUUCAUUAAUGCUCAUCGGUGAGAUAUGUAAUGGUGAUUCGAAUACUCUGUUAUUCUUAAUCUGUUAUGUUAGAUUUCUUUUUGAUCUUCUAUUUCCA